AUGAACCCUGGACCCUGCAACUUCCUCCUCCUCUUGGUGGCCUUGGACCUGACCCAGUAUUGUGCAGGCUCACACUGGCUGCAGACUUUCAAUACUGUGAUUUUGAAGCAUGGCACGUUGGAGCCCCGGAUCAUCCAGGUCGGCUAUGUAGACUCCAUACAGUAUCAGGGAUUUGACAGCAAAGAACCGACUGCAAGGAUGCAACCUCGGGCUGCAUGGAUGGAGCAGGAGCCACCUGAAUAUUGGGAGAAGGAGACAGCACAAGUCCUGCGCUUGUCACUGACAAACGAAAGACUUCUUAGGUACAUGAUGAUCUACAAUGAACAGAGCAAUGAGGAAUAUCACACCCUGCAGGAAGUGUUUGGCUGCAAUGUGGAUAAUGAUGGGAGCUUCCUCGGCGGUCUCUACCGGCUCACCUACUACGGCUAUGAGUUCAUCAACCUGAAUGAGGACCUGAGUUCCUGGACAGCACAGGGAGAGGCAGCUGGGUUCCUGAAGACAGACUUGGUGAAUGUAGGCGCAGCGGAAGGCUGGAGGACCUACCUGCUAGGGGAGUGCACAGAAAGGCUUCUUAGAUGCCUGGACCUCGGAAAGGAGACCUUGCUGCGCUCUGAUGCCCCCCGAACACAUGUGACCCACCAUGUAAGACCUGAAGGGAAUGUCACCCUGAGGUGCUGGGCCCUGGGCUUCUACCCAGCUGACAUCACCCUGACCUGGAAGAGAGAUGGGAAAAACUACACCCAGGACAUGGAGCUGCCAGACACCAGGCCUGCAGGGGAUGGAACCUUCCAGAAGUGGGCAGCUGUGGUGGUUCCCUCUGGAGAAGAGCUGAGAUACACAUGUCAUGUGCACCAUGAAGGGUUACCUGAGCCUCUCACUCUAAAAUGGGAGCCUCCACAAACCAUCCCCAUCAUAGCAAUUCUCAUCGGCCUGGUUCUUGGAACUUUCCUGGUAGGAACUGUGGUGGUUUUUCUGGUGUGGAAGAAAUAA